CAUGUUGUGUCUCGGAAUAUUGUUUGUGUUCUUUUUGAGAACAGUAGUCAGCCAAAAUGGCAAGGAACUCUGUACUCUACUAUCCAUCUGUGAUAAUCUCACAGCCUUGAAAUCGGAAGUUGCAGCUAUACGGUAAAUAAGUAAUUUCUUAUCUGAAAUCGCAGUGAGGAGCAAAAGCGCCAGGCAGAAAUUUUGGAACGUUUAGACAAGAAAUUCGACUCUUGUAUGCCCACUUCCAAAUACCCAACCAGCUGCGCCGGAUCAUCGGAGAGUAAUCUUGUCAUCCGCGUGCCUAAGUACAGUGAAGAACCCUUUGAGGUGAUCAGGAAAGUCACGGAGGGGGAUGGACGGUAAUCACGCGGAGAAACGAUGGAAGUCAGAACUUUUUUCUUGAGUGGAUGGACUACAAGAAGGGAUUUGGCCAACUGAACAAUGAGUUCUUUAUAGGCAUGGAUAAGCUGCAUGCGAUGACUGCCUCGGAACCGCAGGAACUUCUAGUUCUUCUGGAGGAUUACGAAGAAGAUAAGCGAUACCAGUUGUACGAUAACUUCGUUAUCGGUUCCGAGGACAACGACUACAUCCUGGAAUCGACCGGAAAUUCGACUGGGGAUGCCGGGGAUUCACUUGAAUAUCACCUGGGCAUGAAAUUCAGCACCAGAGAUCGCCAGAACGACUUCUGGGGAACACCGAGCUGUGCCGAAAAUUUUAUGGCCGCUUGGUGGUACCGCAGUUGCCAUACGAGCCACUUGUUUGGGCGUUAUGGCAAAGACAAAUCCGGACUAGGCAUACUUUGGCAUACAUUUGGAUAUAAUAUUUCCAACGCCUCUUAUAUGAUGAAGCGAGCACAAAUGUUGAUAAGGCCAAGAAGGGUUUCUAAAUUAUUUUAAACUCUCAUAAAUAAAAAUGAUUCAUACUCUUCUGCGAAUCCGAAUAGCGUUUUUGUGCUCUAUAUCUUUGUUGAUUAGACCUUUAAAAACCUUGAUAUGGCUUCCCAGAAUAUGAUUAUCAGAUAAUAAACAUUUUUGUAAAUUGC